GCCGGGGGCCCCACAGGAUCGCCCCCAGCCGACGACCUUUCCUUCCCUUCGGGUGUUUCUGUCCGCCAGCAACUUGCCUCCCAUCCUCUGGCUGUGUGCAGAAUGGCACAAGAUGCCCCUGCAGAUACUGCAGGCCCAUCAUCUCCUCCGCCUCGACUCCCUGAGGGCUGGUAAGUUGAGCCGUGAGUCAUGAGCCAUGGGCCGUGGGCCGUCGGCGGUUUCGUUUACCCACAGUGCCCAAUUCUGACUGAAGACGCAUCCAGGCUCCCACAGUGGGAAGGCGUACAACGCCAGUGGUACUAUGUUCAGCGGGCAACCGGCAAGUCACAAUGGGACAUACCCACCGAGCCGGUCGUUCUAUCACCUUCUACCACCCCCACGUCUAUCGGAGCGGGACCAUCGCAACCGUCAACCAACAAUCCUCAAGUGGAAGCGGCCGGAAGCUCAUUGGUGGAGCGAAUAGAGUCGGCGGUGGACAAUGCGGGAACUUCCAGCUCCCUAAGCUCCCAGCUCAAUGGACAAUCGAGCAUUUCCGGACAAGUCUCAGCGGGUACGCUGGGAUGGCAUUUGGCUCAUAAUGCCCAGAAUGCAUCACAACCCUAUACACAGCCAUUCACUUCGGGUGAUGGAACGUAUGCGGCGGGCCAAUUUCCGCCAUUAGGUCACGGAAACCCCAAUUAUCCCAGUUAUAAAGCGACUUAUGCCGAACAGGGACAACAUCUGAUGCAACCCAAUCAGCAAACUUGGGCCAAUGGGCAGAUGAUACAGCAGCACCCAAGUGGUCCUAGCGUCGACCCUACCAUGGGGCGGUAUCGCAGCUUUCCUAUAGAUUCACAACAACUCUCUCAUAUUUCGGCGUAUGCACCGUCGGUGGCGUACACAGGAAGCCAGCAUUCUGGUUUCGCCCACGCCACUAUCCUCCCAUCCCAGCCGCAGUGGCAACUUGAAGGACAUGAAACGAAAUCGAAUCAUUCCCAUCAACCCUCAUCCUUUCAGUAUAGCUUGUCAAACUUGUCUCAACCCUUCCACGGUUCCAGUGCUAUUUCGCAGACUAGCGGACUCCAUUCUGGAGGAUCAGCAUCAAGAUCUUCGCAUCCCUCAAUUGCCCCACAGCCAGGAAACGCCUAUAGUGGCAACCAGGCGGAUACACAAUACAACCGCGGCUCGCUCUCCGCACAUCCCCAUGCCAACGCAAACGCAAACGCAGCCAACACUCUGCCUGGCCAUCCUCUAUCCCGAUCUCAGUCCCAUCAAACCCCGGGAUACCAAUACGGACAGCAAGCUGAGCUUGCAGCCGUAUCUUAUUCACAGCCUUUCUCGAAUAAUUUCGGCCCUCAACUUUCAAAUGCCCAUGGUUCCUCUCAGAACCCUGAUAUGCUACAAAUUCAACCUGGCAUUGGCUUCAACUCGGGGGACUUUUCUGCUGGCUCAAGUGCCCAUGGUGGCGCCCAGCCUUACCAAAACCCCAUAGUCCAGGCCGGCGUGCGGCAGUACCUGCCUUCACUGCCCCAGAGUAGCUCACAAAAUGAUGGGAACAACCAUAAUGGAGCUCAUUAUCAUCCACAGCACGGUCAAUUCACUGCCCACCAAGGUCAAUGGACGACUCCGGAAGGCACCUCCCGCAUAGCGGCCUCUGAUCCCCAAUUUGUUAGCGGUCCCUGGGCGUCUUCGACGCCACCAGCCUCCGGGCUGCCCCAGUCUCACCAUGGUUGAGUCAUGGUACUGCAUAAUAGCUGGAUAGGAGUUUCUUUUUUUUGUUUUGUUUUUUCAUUAACAUCGACGAACCCUGUUCUGUUUGAGUUUGGCGUAUCAUUAUCUUUUCAUAGAUUCCCCGGUCUUUUCCGGCCAAAGCUUGUCAGAAAAUCCAUGACCUUAUACAUAUCGCAAAAAUGCGUGUUCAUUUCAGGAUCAGAGCUAGUGCUAUGUAGCAGCUGACUUCCAAUACUAAACCACGGGGCGUAUUGUUUAGCCG